AUGGCCGAAGUACAAGUUGGCCCAACGCACGCUACAUACUUAUCAAUUUGUUAUAAAUUUCGUUAUCAUGUGACGCUGCAAGCUCCGACAGCAAUGCUCUGGCAUGCCAACAAGAGCCCAGUAACAUAUCUCAACAAAAGUCAAACAUACUGCCUCACGGUGGCAGAUUCUACUACAUCGACAAAGAAGGUUCGACAUUUCAAAUAUAGAACGUCCGUCCAUGUCUCCUUCGAAGGAGAAGAUCAGAGAUCAAAUCCGGUUGCAUUUUGGCAGCUAUGGAAAGAAAGCCGAGGCUCGAAAGAAGCCCAUAAGCGCAAAGGCAAAAUAUUAUCUGUCGAAUAUGUCGAUCCUUCCCGGGAAGACCCUAGAGGCCAGGGACAUGGGCAAAUCCAGCUUGAAGAUGUUUUCGUUAAUGGGUUUUGUGUCACCUGGACAGCUGAUUCAACCCCAAACGUUCAUGAGGCUGCGAUUUCGCUGAAGUUCAAUUUCUUAUCAACCGACUUCAGCCGCUCAAAAGGGGUGAAAGGGGUCCGGUCAGGCUAUGUGCAAAAACGGAAAUGUUACGGUCGGAUGACCAAAGUAAUGCGUUGGGGAAUGAGUCAGAACUCUGCUAUUCUCUUUCGGAACCACGGUGCCGAACGGAAAUCAUUGAAUGAUAAGACACUUGUCAAGAAAAAGAUUGAUAAGCUCAACAAACAAAUAAUUCGCACAGAGACAGGUGCAGAUGUGGCGUUCGAUAUUCGGCCUCAGAAGAAGCGCAAGUGGUCCAUGAGUUCGCGCAAAAGUACCACAUCGGAUCAGGAACUUCACGCUGAGUUGGCUACCAUUACUGAGAUAAUUUCAUCGGUUCGUCUGGUAAGUGUACUUGGGCUUCGUGGUAACGUGAACGAUGAUCCGGAUCUAUAUCCUAUUCGUUUAUCACAUGAAUCGAGCACUUCCAUCAAUGCUGGAGUCUUGGAUAACCAAUAUAGCAUACCUGCUACAACCUUGGUCUCUGAAGGAGCGACUCAAUUGCCAAAAAAGGCCAACUCAAAGUUAGACUUCCAAAGCCCUAACUGUCAAGAACGUCCGCCCAAGAUGGCAAAGGUAUCCAUCGGCUUUUCCCAGCUAGGCUCUCCACCCCAUAAAAACCCACUUUCCAAGUCCGUUGCAUGCUUUUACGUCCAGUUCACACAAAGCGGGAAGCAGCCCCAGGGUAACUAUUAUGCGAUAUACCUAGCGGAUCGCACUUCUCUCAGCUUGAAAGUGAAACUUGUAGAGAAGCUGCAGAUCGACCCAGGUUUAAUCUCUCGUAUCCUUUGGGCCAAUAGUAAAGGCUUGAAGGUCCUGGUGGAUGACAAUGUGGUCCAACAUCUUCCAGAGGCGCAGGAUAUGGUUGCAGAUAUCUGUGAACUCUCCUAUACACAGGUACAAAUGGCUCCAUCGAGGGCAAAGUGCUCUGGGGUGGAAAUAAAGCUUUUGUUUCAAGACCUAAGUAUCCUAUCUUCUAGCGUGCAUUUUUUUGCAAAAUCCUAG